GGGUGGUUACAGCUGGAGUAUGGGGGCCUAUAAGUCAUCUACAAUAUGCUACUGUCCAGAGAAAGGAAGCUGGACAGAACUUGAAGGAGAUGUAGCAGAACCACUGGCAGGCCCUGCCUGUGCAACAGUUAUCCUGCCUGCCUGUGUACCCUACAACAAAUAACACCGGGAACCCCUGGAAUGAACAGUAUCACAGCCUGAGAAGCAGUGACAGGUGAUGUUGCUGUUCUAGAGGAACCAUGUAUUUUCAUGGUACAACUGCCAAAACCCACCUUUGGUUUCUGAUGACUUACAAAUAACUACAAAAGAAAGAGAACUGUCCUUGAGCAGAUAUGGUGUCUGUAACCCAGAGUACACCGACUUCCUGUGGUGACAGACUCUUCACUUCAGACGGGUUCUACCUUGUCCCAGCUUUACAAAAACUCCUCAUCCAGAUGGAUCUUCACUUUCAAAAGGAGGAAGACAAAUACAGAAGACUAGUCCCAGAGAGACUUAAGAUCAGUAUUGUGCAUUGUAGUCUACCUGCAUGUGAUUGAUGUUGAAGUUUGGGGGAUACUGUGUAUAGGAAAGAUUCAAAAUUUGACCCACCAAAAUACACUGCAUUCCAGCAAUUGCCACUUAAAUUCUGUAUUCCUCACCUUUGGCUACUUCACAAAUGCUAUAGGGAAUAUAAUUGUUGAAAGUCAUAUUAAAGAUUUUUUGUUUUUAUACAACCUUUUUUGAUAUACUUUCUGUGCUAACAGCAUCUCAUGAAUCAGAGGAAAAUAAGUUGCUAGGUCUUGUAGCAAUUGCUUUCUGCCCUAUCGGUAGGUUCUAAGCAAGCCUGAAUCCUAACUUUUGUGUCCUCAAUUCUAUCUGAAAAAUUCAAAUACAAUACACUAUUCAGUUCACCGGGACUCAGGUUUUCUUUUCUUUUUUUUCAGCAUUUAAGUACUGAAGAUAUUUCUCUGCCUUAAAAGACAGGACUGACCAAUUCAGUUGGAAUAUUUCAGAAAUUCUGGUGCAUAUCCAGCCUAAACUUAAUCCAUAAUGAAAAUGGAAAUAUUGCUUUCAAGAAUUCAGCAAUGAAAAAAAUAAUUUCUUUUAAGUACAAGCCCAGGUGCCUCUGUUACAAAAACCACACAACUUUGCAAAGUUGUAAAGCACCUGACAAAUUAUUUCUCCUUUUCCUUGUCAUUGGCUGGCUCUAGGCACUGGACUUACCUUUGCUAUUUCUCAGCUCAUCACAUUUGAUUUGUUAUCCCCAGAAAAGCCUGAAAUCAGUUAAGUAAGCAAUUGUUACAUGUCUUCUAGGAGCAUGAGGAAUUUAAGAGCAGAGGGUUAGGAUAGCAUGACAUAGUUUCAGUGUGGCCAAUCAGAAGAGCAGAACUGGCAGGAACAUGAAUUUGACUUUCAGGUUCUUCGGAGCUUGACCGACAACUCUCACGAGUAUGCAAAAGCCUAAAAUGCUCUUAAUCACCCAAAGAUGCUGAUUAUUCAACAAAUGCCAUGUUCAAGACCACAAUCAGAGGAAGCCACAGAUUACAUGAGGCUUUGGUGAUAAUCCUUCAGCAUCAAUGGAGGAUGGCAAGAUGGAAAAGGAUCCUGGAAUCCAGUGCCGUUUCGACAAUAAAGUGCAAUCUUCAUUGUUUUUGUGUUUAUUUGUAUGUUCAGAUCCAAAGGAUCCGUUGUAAAUAUAUAUAUGUAUAUGAAUAUAUAUAUGUAUCCAGUGCAAUCAACUUUCAUUUCUUUUUCCUUGAAAACCUAUGAAUAUAUAGAAAGAAAAGUUGCAGGAUUUUGUGGAAAAAUCUCAGCAGACACCAUGAAGGAAACCUUUUAUUGUCAUCUGUCAUUGUUUCUUCCAAAGUCACAGUUUAUGCAAAAAUACUUGCUUCCCUUAGACGUGUUCUUUAUUUUCUUUUUAUUUCUAGUGGAAAUAAAGAAAGUAUUUAUGAGAACUAUAACUAAAGCUUUCUGUAUUUCAGAAAGACACAAACUACUAGAAAGUGAACAGUAAGUCACAGAAAAUGUAAAUCUUGUACAGUAUUAGAAUGUGUAAAUGAAGCUUGCUUGGAAGGGGAAAAGUUUAAAUAAAAACUUUAUGUACUAAU